AUGCAUUCCGUUUACAUAGGGCAGUCCAAAGCAUUACCUGUGUUGAACUGUCGGGAUCUCAAACUAAAAUUACCCUCUGCUGCCUCAGGAGUCUACUGGAUUGACCCGGAUGGUGGUUCCCAUGGGAACGCUUUCCAGGCUUACUGCGACCAACAGACAGCUGGAGGGGGCUGGACACUAGUUUGGAGUUAUACCUUCACGGAUUACAAAAAUUUUGGCAGUGGCUCAAACGCAGUCACCCCUCGUCCCACCUGGACAGCCAGGGAUGCCAACACUCGGGUAUCUACAACAGUUCCACUCAGCGAGACCCACUAUGAAGCCAUGGACUUUGCUUUGUGGCGUACUAUUGGUAACCAGACUCUGAUUAAAAGUAACAUUAACAACUGGAUCGUUUGCAUGGAGGGCAGUGGUAGUAUAGUGAGACAGAAGGCCGGGUCACUCAGCUGUAAACUGGUUAAACAGGUUUCACAGCAGUGUGCUGGGGUUGUACCAACAUCCAUUGUGUUGAACAGUCAUGGACCUCACCUGUCCAGUACCAGUCUGUACUACUAUUUUGAGGGAAGUAUAACGAGCGGCAAUUGGCCCACACAUGAUCCAUGUGGUAAAGACCAAGUAAAUCAGUUAACAGGUGUAGCUAAUCCACAUGGUAAUAUCUUUAUUCGUUAAUUUCAGUCGUUUUAAACUCAAUCUAUUUCUUUUACUCCACCUGGUUUAAAUGAGAUAAAAGCUACAAGAAAGACUUAUCGCCAAUUAUAUAAUCUUUCGCAGAUAAAAAAAUGGUGCCCUUCGCAGACAGAACCAUUAUCAACUUUCCUUGUCAGGCCACUUUAAAACUUGCUUACUUAACCUCGCAGUUUUCGUAUGAAGUGUUUUUGUUGUUCUCAAUUUUCUUCUAACGCCGCUCUCUGAGUGUAAUUAAAGCGGGGUGACCUUGCAAUGAUUGCAGUUCAUUUCUUUUGGUCCCCAAAAUUAUUUUGUAUAAUCAUGUUCCUCAACUGAAGGAAGAGUUUUUAAAAACAAAGUCACAAUUCCAGUGACAAUGCAGGUGUGAUCUAAAUUUAUUGCCGAACGAAUAAUUUUGUUUCUGCUUAAAAAAAACCUACCACGUCCUCUGAUAUACUGGAUUUUUUUUUCUCGUUAAUCCUUUGACCCUUCUUUCUGUAUUUUACUGCUGGUUCAGACUUUUUUAGAGGCCAAGGCACAGUUAGACCAAAAUAAGCGAUUUUCGCGACUCUUUAUCAGUCUUGAUCCAAAAUUAGAUACUCCUCAUCAUACCAGCUGGUGCAACACAUACGAACUGCUGCCGUUUCGCGUCAAACAUUUGACAACUGGGAUGUACAUUCUCAAUUUUAUAUUUUAAUCCUCUUAAAUUGCGAAAAAUAGGCGGUUGUGUCAACUAAAAGCUAUACCAACUCCGCACCCGGGUUGCAAACUGAGUCAUUUUUGCCCUUACCUCAACGCAUACACAUCUAAAGUCAGACCAAACGGAUUGAGAAGGACUAAAAAGCGGCAUACGGAACCUAGGGCACCGGACAUUUCUAUAUAGCUUAAAAUGAACCAAGGUGGUUCUUAUUCAGACAUUAGUAUCGCUAUUGUUUCAUCCUUUGCCUGUCGCUGCUUACUCGCUGUAUUUAUAAUUAAAAACGGGACCAUAAACCCCGGGGGCUGCCAUAUGGGGGUAAUGAGUAUGUGUCGCUGAGAAAAGGGUUAUUUUAAGCACUUGCCUCGCAAACUCAGUAUGAGAGUAAAUCCUUACGUUUGGUCUCAAAUUGCGUAAUCCUUAAAAUGGCUGUGAACAUAAAAGAUUUGUAUGGAGAUUCAGGUAAAAGAUCCAAGAAGAUAAAUACUCGCUAGAAUUUUCAAUAAAAUACACCUUACCUUAUUUGCUUUGCUUGUCUUUGCUUGCUGUGCGAUCCAUUGUGAUUUAAGCGAUUUCCUUUAACCCCGAGUUUGCACUCUAAGAGAAAGGACCUUUCAAUUAGAGAUAUAGGGAACGAAAUAGGGUUGCAAAACUGCAAUUGUACAGCUCUAGUUCAGGCUAACUGUUCCAGGGUAAGAGUACUUCCUGGGGGCAAUUGAUUGGACAAAAUCCAGAAAUCAGUCAGUUGAAACGUGCUGAAACUCCUCCCUUUUAUCCUGAGGGUAUACCUGUAUAAAGCAAUAGCUUGUCACCACUGUUUCCAUUGAGUAACGGUUGAGGAAGUUGGAGAGCACGGCGUUGUCGUUGGCCUUGCACAAACCACAAACCGGAAAUGUUUCCCCGUGACCGUUUGCCCAUUUUGUUUACCUUUUUCGGGGUUUUCUUCAAUGCCAGGUGAGGCCGACUUUCUAUUUGAAUUUUAUUCUCUCAGUUUGCUUUAGGAAAACUCAAUGUUUUUCUCCAUGCUCAGGGUUUCCCAACUUCGAAAGUUUGUCAGUCUCAGAGUUGUGUGAUGUUUAUAUGUUAUUUUCAACGAUUUAAUGGCCGAAUGCACGCAGCAAGAAUUGGCAUUAACAUUGUUACCCUUGCCUGCCCAAGAAAGAACGGGCGCGCUUGUCUUCCUUUCGCGCGCUCGUUCUUUCUUGCGCCCACUACUUCCAAGCGACAGCUACGCAGGCUGUGUUACCCGGGAGUGUACUCUUCUCUAAAAAAGACAGAGGUGCUUAUCGUACGCAUUAAAAACUGUGAAAGGGUAUCCCUUAAAGUUAACUUUGUAAUUUCUUUAGAAGCUUAUGAUAUAAUCUUACUACCUGAGCUAGUUAACCAAUAAAAUUUUAUUUAAAAUUUGAACUGCGCUUUCACCCUGGCGUGCGACCUGACGCACGUUUCGGUUGGGACCCCACGCACCCAAAACCUGUUUUGAAACAGGUUUGAAUGAUAUAAAAACUAGCCUCCCACGCAGACGUUUUUAGGGGUUCGUCACGCGUUCCUGUCCCACAGGAACGCGUGACGAACUCCUAAGAACGUCUGCGCGGGAGGCUAAAAAACAACAGGAGUCCUAACGGUUACAUUUCUGUCAGUUGAAAAGUCAAUCAUUUUGGGCAUCUGUGUCUGAGCAAGUUCCAGGAAGUGUUGGCCUGAACCAGAGGUUCUGGGUUCAAAUUUCUGACGAAGUCAAGGGAUUUUUUCAUUUAACUUGUGUGGUCACCUCAAUUUUUUUUUUUUUUUUUUUGCUGUGCUGACGCUCAGUUUUUUAAGGGCUAUUAUUUGUAGCACUUCACUCCAAAGUUAACUCCAUUAAAUUCUGCAAUGUAUUGACAUGGCUCAACAAUUUUUCAGCGGUCUUCAGGUAGGGAAAUCGUCAGUAGGAUUAUCCAUAGAAAAACCUGCCUUGAACUGUAAAGAUCUGAAAAACAAAACACCCUCAGUUGCCUCAGGAGUCUACUGGAUUGACCCAGAUGGUGGCUCCCAUGGAAACGCUUUCCAGGCCUACUGCGACCAACAGACGGACGGGGGAGGAUGGACACUAGUUUGGAGUUACACCUUCACAGAUUACUCGAGCUUUACAAGUAGCAAAAACGCAGUCACACCUCGUCCCACCUGGACAGCCAGCGGUGCUAACACUAGAGUAUCUACAAAAGUUCCACUCAGCGAGACCCACUAUGAAGCAAUGGACUUUACUUUGUGGCGAACCAUUGGUAACCAGGCCUUAAUCAAAAGUAACAUCAACAACUGGAUCACUUGCCAGGAGGGCACUGGUAGCAUAGUGAGACAGAAGGCCGGGUCACUCAGCUGUAAACUGGUUAAACAGGUUUCACAGCAGUGUGCUGGGGUAGUACCAACAUCCUUUGCGUCACGCAGCUACGGGCCUUACCUGUCCAGCAGUAGUUACUACUAUUACUUUGACGGUAAUACAAGGGACAACUUCCCCACGCAUGAUCCAUGUGGUAAAAACCAAGCAAAUCAGUUAACAGGUGUAGCUAAUCCACACGGUAACGUUUUUGUUCGUUAA